AUGGAGAUCUUCUACUUCAACUCCUCCAUCCUCAACAUCCAUAAGCCGUCAAACAGCAGCGGUGGAUGGGGUGAAAUGACCUUGUACGAGCAAUGUAAGCACAUGCCUGAGGGGCUGAUCUUUUAUCUGAUCCUGCAGUUCAUCAACAUGUUCCUGGGGAUCCCUGCUAACCUGAUGGUGCUGUGGCUCCUGCACAAGAACAAGGGGGACUCAUCGAGCUCCGACAUCUUCAUCCUCCACCUGGCCAUCCUGGAUACCUUCUUCUGCCUCUCUCCACCCCUAGAAUUGGCCAAUAUAAUCUUCCUCAACACCAACAACAAAACAUGGGAUGUCCUGAACUUCUUCUACGGGGUGAAAGACUGCUCGCUCCUCUUCCUCUCCUGCAUCUGUCUGGACCGUUAUAUGGCCGUCCUGCACCCCAUCACCUUCACUGAGCUGAAGGACCGAAGCCACCGCACGGUGUGUGCCACUGUGGCGUGGUUGGUCACCAUAGCCUAUGGGGUAACAAGAUGUGUGGGCAACAUCCCCAACUUUCGGAGGGUCUUUAUCGUCAUGCUUCUGGCAGCUUUUGCCUUCAUGUUCUUCUGCAAUGUGGCCAUCCUGCGAGCUCUUCGCCAGUCAGGCCCUGGCCGUGACGAGAUGCACCCCGUCAAGAAGAGGGCCUUCAAGAUGGUGCUCAUCAUCCUGGGCAUCAUCGUCUUCAACUACUUCCCACCUGUAGCCCUGUUUCCCUUUCAGGAGUACUUCUCCCUGGAUGAGAACUACUGCUAUGUCUACCCUCUAGCAUUUAGCUUCAUGGACAUCAGCAGCAGCAUUCAGCCUGUUCUCUACCUCUCCCGAGAGAUUCCCAGAGUCCUUUGUUGCUGCCCUAAGAAGCAAGACUCAGGAAGGUCCACCGAUCCAAGCUGA